UCAAUGAUAAUGUUCCAUUCUUCAUGUCUUCUAACUACGAGGUGUCUGUGCCAGAAGGAGCUGAUGUUGGCACAUCUGUGGUUCAGGUGUUAGCUACGGACUUGGAUUCUGGCCUACAUGGAGAGGUUCACUACUUAAUAUUGAAAGAUGCUAGUGAGGAUUACCAGUUCUUCACCAUUGAGCCUGAGACAGGAAUUAUUUCCACCCGUGCAUCUUUUGACAGAGAGAAAAGAGCCUCUUACUUGAUUGAAGUUCAGUCUCAGGACUCUUCAGAUUCUGCUAGACCUGGUGUUCAUGGGCAGCCCAACACAGACACAGCCUACGUAAGGAUUUUUGUCAGUGAUGUGAAUGACAACACUCCAGCAUUUCCUUGGUCAGUGUAUGAGGUCAGCAUAGAUGAGGACAGGGAUGUUGGAAGUCCUGUUGUGACAGCAACAGCGCAUGAUGAAGAUGAGGGUGCAAAUGCCAAACUAAGGUAUCAGAUCACAUCAGGAAAUGUGAAAGGAGUUUUUGAUGUGGAACCUGAGGUUGGAACUGUAUUCAUUGCUCAGCCUCUGGAUUAUGAACAAGAACAACGUUAUGAGCUCCGGCUUGUAGCUUCUGAUGGAAAAUGGGAAAACCACACUCUUAUCAUCAUCAGUGUCAUCAAUAAGAAUGACGAAGCACCAGUCUUCACUCAGAAUGAAUACCAGGGCAGUGUCUUGGAGGAGCUCACAGAUCUGCCUGUACUUGUCCUAAAGGUUUCUGCAACAGACCCCGACCAAGCAGCUGAUCAAAAUGCCAUUAACUAUACCCUGCACGGACAGGGAGCCAGUAGCGAGUUCAGCAUCAAUGAGAACACAGGCGAGAUCAGCACAAAUAAAAGGUUAGACCGUGAGAAGCGAUCAACAUGGCGCUUUCUUGUUCUUGCAACAGAUGAGAGUGGAGAAGGACUGACGGGCUUUGCAGACGUGAUCAUAAAAGUGAGGGAUGUGAAUGACAACGCACCCCUUUUCCUCUGUGUGUUGGAUGGCUGUUUCAUGGGCCAUGUCCCAGAGGAUUCUCCAGCAGACACUCCUGUCAUGGAAAUGACAGCAGUGGACCUCGACGACCCAAAGGCUGGUAUGAAUGCUGUGCUCACAUACAGCAUCAUUCAGAACGUCCAAAAUGAAAUUAAUCUGAACUUGUUCUCAAUUGACUCAGUUAGCGGCACUAUCUAUACAGUGCUUGGGUCCCUGGAUCGGGAGAAGGAAGAGAAGUACCUUGUAGUAGUUGAGGCUAGAGAUGGAGGAGGGCUCACUGGGACAGGCACCGCCACUAUUUUGGUGACUGAUGUAAAUGAUCAUGCUCCAGUCUUCUUGCAAAGGAUCUACACAGCAUUUGUCUCUGAGAAUGCAAGUAUUAACACUGAGGUGGCAGUGGUGUCUGCUGUGGACAGAGAUGAGGGAGAAAAUGCCAUGGUGAUGUUCAGCAUCAUUGAUGGGGACAAUGACCGCAAGUUCUCCAUAGAGACAGAUGAAGUGAACAACUGUGGGUUUAUCCGGCUACGGAAGCGGAUUGACUUUGAGAAGCCUCAUGAGAGGGUGUUCAAUUUGACUGUGAAAGCAGAGGACAUGGAUUUCUUCAGCAUUGCUCACUGUGUGAUCUAUGUGGAGGACUCCAAUGACCAUGCUCCUGUCUUCUACCCCAAGUUCUAUGAAGUGGCCGGACUGGGGGAAGAUGCGCCAGUUGGCACCAAAGUUGUUCAGGUUUCUGCUGUUGACUUGGAUUCUGGUCUGAAUGGAAGGUUUUCUUUCCACCUGCUAAACAAGUCUGACCCAGGUGGCCAGUUCUCUGUGGCUAGUGAUGGGUGGGUGAUGGUUGCAGGACUGCUGGAUCAUGAGACAGUGACUCAAUACCAGCUCACUGUCAUUGCCACUGAUAUGGGGCAGCCCCCUCUGACUGGCAGUGCCACUGUUUUAGUGACUCUGCAGGAUGUAAACGAUAAUGGGCCAGAGUUCGAGGCUCACUAUAACCCAGUGGUCUGGGAAAACACAGCUUCUCCACAGGUCAUCCAAAUGAAUGAGACCUCUACAUUGCUGUACGCUAAGGACCGAGACACUGCUGUUAACGGAGCACCUUUCUCCUUUCAUCUUCUCAGUGAUUUUGAUAGUCUGACUAACUUCAACUUGCAGGACUUCCACAAUGGAAGUGCCUUGCUCACUGCACUGCGUACCUUUGACAGGGAAGUGCAGAAAGUGUUCUACCUGCCCAUCCUGAUCACGGACAGUGGGAUCCCACCAAUGAGCUCCACCAACACGUUGACCGUGAAUAUUGGGGACCAAAAUGACCACCCUCAUUCUGCUGGCUACAUGGAAUGUCUCAUUUACAGCUAUGAUGGUAUCUUCCCUAUGACAGUACUGGGCCAGGUUCAUGCCCCUGAUGAUGACGACUGGGAUCACAAAAUCUACCAAUUUGAAGGAAAAACAUCAAGGUACUUUAUCCUUAAUGAUAACUCAGGUUUGCUGACUAUUAAAGAAGGAACCCCACCAGGAACAUACAACAUAAGAGUCAGAGUCAUUGAUGGAGUGUGGCCAGAUGUUGUCUCAACUGUAAAGGUUAUAGUGAAGGAAAUCAAAGAUGAUGCCCUCCAUAAUGCUGGUUCUAUACGAAUAAAAGAUAUCACUCCCGAGGAGUUCAUAUCCCAAUCCCCUGAAAAACAGAGUAAAUACUACCAGAUGAAGAAGCUGCUUUCAGAAAUUAUAUCAGUCCAACUUGAAAACGUUCACAUUUUCAGUGUAUUAAAUAGUGCCAGUCAAACCCAAGGGGUUGAUGUUUGGUUUGCAGUUUAUGGUCCACCCUAUUAUAAAGCAGAAAAACUUAACGGCAACGUAGCAGCCUCCAGAGCAUGGCUGGAAAACAUCUUGGAUAUAAAUAUCACCCAGAUUGGCAUUGAUGAAUGCGUGACUGCAAACUGCACUCAUAGCAGCGGAUGCAUCAGCAAGAAUGAACAGACUCAUAUGCCAACCAUAACCACAGCUGGAAGCGUUUCACUGGUGUCCGUGACAGUCCUGAGUCGUGCCCUGUGUGGUUGUGCAGCUCGGGAGAGUCCUCAUCUUUCCUGUUCCUCAUACCAGACAAACCCCUGUCUCAAUGGUGGCACAUGUCUGGAUACUGAUUUGGGCUACAGGUGCAAAUGUUCUGCAAAUUUCCAUGGACCAGACUGCCAGCAGACAAAACACAGCUUCAGAGGCCACGGUUAUGCUUGGUUCCCUCCUCUUAAGCCUUGCUUUGAGAGCCGCAUCUCCUUAGAGUUUAUCACUGAAGUCGCUGAUGGCCUUCUGUUGUACCACGGACCAGUGGCACGAGGGCAUCCUGGUCUACGGGAAGAUUUCCUUGCAUUAGAGCUCUCUGGUGGUGUUCCGUCGCUGACCGUGAGCCACAGCUCUGGUGAACUUUUCCUGCAGCUGUCACGAAAAGUUAACGUUGCAGAUCGCCGCUGGCACAAUAUAAAAAUUAUACAUGAUGGAAAGAAAGUGAAGCUGAUUCUUGACCACUGCGUAAAUGUCUCAGUUAGAGGUGAUGACAGUGUUGUCAAGAAGAUCUCCCAAAUGGAUUUGUCUGCCUGUGAAGCCUCUGAAGAGACUGUGGGAACUCAGAGCCUGGCUAGGCUCUUCAGUGGCCAUCAGCCCCUGCAGCUGGGUGGAGUUAAGAAGACCUUGCCUUACCUGGAUUCACAAAGGCUCUUCAGAGGGUUUGUUGGCUGCAUCCGCAAUGUCAUUGUUGAUAGUCAGGUCUAUGAUUUAGAGCACCCUGCAGAGUCCUUGAACAGUGCACCCGGCUGUGUCCUUACGGAUGAGAUGUGUCAGAGAGGAGGAAUGGCCUCCUGUGGUGUCCAUGGCAAGUGUGUUGGUGGUUGGGACUUCUUUCGCUGUGACUGUUCCCCGGGAUAUGCUGGACCAGCGUGUGAAAAAGCUCUUCCAGAAUGGGCUUUUGGAAGGGACAGUUGGAUCCAUUAUGAGCCGAGAAGCAUCCUCAGCACUCACAGCACUCAGAUCCAGCUGAUGGUGCGCACCCGUAUCUCCCACAGCACCCUUCUCAGCUUGGCCUCUGCAGAUGGAAAUGGAUACAUCCGACUGGAGGUGGUUGAGGGUUUCUUUAGUGUUAACUUCAGCUUGGGGGACAAAAAUCACUCUCUGAGAAUGAGGACAUUACAUAUAAACAAUGGCCAGUGGGUUCUUCUGACCAUGGAGCGCUACAACAAUGAAUUUACCCUGCGUGUUAACAGUGGUGGAGGUGAUCAAGAAGUGACCUCUGUCUUGGGUACAAAAAGAUGGUUUGAAAUGGAUUGGACAAGCAUCGUGCUAGGAAACCGCCUUCCCAAUCAUUCAGAGAGCAAUUUCCAAGGUUGUAUGCGUGAUGUCCAGCUGAAUGGUCAGCCGCUUCUUGUGGAAAGCAAAAGCGCAGAGUUUGGCUUAAUUCUCAGGCGACAAGGUGUCACGAUGGGAUGCUAUUCCAGUGCCUGCAGCAGCCAGCCCUGUUACAGCCCUUUUCUUUGCGUAGAUCUGUGGAGAAAAUAUGAAUGCCGGUGUCCAGCUGGGAAAGUAGAAGUGACUGACAACCUUACAGGUCUCAGACACUGUACCUCAUCACCUUGUGGACACUGGACCUGUAGGAAUGGGGGUACCUGUGUGGCUCAAUCCCAAGACAAGAUUAUCUGCCAAUGCCCUGAAGGUUACAAGGGAAGGUGGUGUGAAAUUAGCCAGGUGAAGGCUGGAAGACCCGUUGGACUCAGCUCUGGCUCAAUUCUGGCAAUCAGCAUGUGCCUCCUCGUCUUCCUAGCACUCUUGGUCUCCUACACCGUGUGGAGUCAGUGGGGAAGCUCAGGGUUUCGGAAAGGAGGAAUUUACCAUAUUCCUGAAGAGCGUGAAAGCUGGGAGGAUGUUAGAGAAAAUGUCUUCAAUUAUAAUGAAGAAGGAGGUGGAGAAUGUGACCAGAAUGCUUACGAUAUAGAUGAACUGAAGAAACCUCUCCAUACCAUUUCCCACUUCUCCUUGAGGGCAGCUGCUCCACUCUCCAGGACACCCACUGACCCAAAAAUAAACUCACUCCCAAAACAUGCACAUCAGAAACAAUCACCAUCAGCUGUUACCAGUGUCCCAGACUUCAAGGAAUAUGUUUCUCAAAUCAUCUGGGAUGCAGACAAUGAUCUACAGAGUCUUCCAGCUGACAGUAUUCAUUUUUACUGCUUAGAAGGGCAGUGUUCUCUAGCAGGGAGCCUUAGUUCCUUAGACUCCACUUGUGCUGAUGAAGAUCUAAAUUAUGAUUGCCUCCAAGAAUGGGGGUCAAAGUUUGACAAGCUUAAAGAACUCUAUAAGGUCUCAAAUGAACAUUUGUAGCCAGAGUUAAAGGAACUUGAAAUCUUGCCAUGACAUAUGGACACUACUUUUAAAAAUGUCCUUUUUUAUAUAUAAGGGACAUCAAGU